CUGAGACUUUCACGACACUUCUUGGGAAGAGAAAAAGAUCGAACGAAGAAGAGAAGGGUGGAAAACUCCCUAAGUUCUGCGACGACGAUAUCUAAACAGAGAAGUUCUGCCGCUUGCGAAGUAUUAUACCAAGGUUCCGAGGGACCAAUAGUUUACCAGGCUCGAGGGCCUUCCUUCUGUAUGGAUUUCGUAGCACUGAACCUCGGGAAGAAGAGGAAGCAGAAGAAGAGAGAGAGAGAGGGGAGAGAUGUGUGCGAAAAAGUCCGUUUAGAGGAAAUACGAUUCAAAAAGCGAGGAGUGGAGAGUAUGAAGAGGCACCAAGCAACGAGCGAAGAGCGACGAGCAAUGGGCACCAGCACUAAUACCAGCACAGGAAUAGAAUUUGAUUGGAUUGAAGUCUUGAAUUAUUGA